AUGGUUCUCGGACUCCUCGUCGCCCUGGCUGCUGGCGUGGCCAUAUGCCACAGCUGCCACAAGCGCCACCAGCGCGUCGACGCUUUCCGGCACGAGUACGAGGCGCACAACGGCGCGCCGCUGACCAAGGCGGAGUGGAAGCAGCUGUGCCGCGAGCACAAACAGGCACUCAAGGCCGCCAAGCACGCCCACAAGGAAGAGAAGCGCAUGCGGCGCCACGGCUGCUGGCGGACGUCGGUCCCGGCGUCCUUCCCGGCCCCGGCCCCAGGGAUGGAUGUCAAGCACAGCUACGAAGAGGCGCCUAUGGAUUACAACGCUGCGCCGCGGCUGAGCGACAAGGCGAUUCAGAUUCCGGUGCAGGGCUCGGAUGAGCCGCCCGCGUACGUGCCGGGCUCGAUGGCGCCGCCGCCGGAGAAGAUGUAA